AUGUCAGUGUCGCCGGCGCGUGGGCGGGUGUUACCGUUUUCAGAGAAGGAGAGAUCGGGAGAAGAGUCCGGAACGCUGGAAUCGAGUCUCAUACAGCUGAUCGAUGACAACCGUCGAUCGUCGUUACAGCUCCGGGAAAAGACCGAGAGAUCGAGGAAGGAGGCGAUCAGACACGCGGCGAGAACGGCGGAUCUGCUUGUGAAGGCGGUGAACGGAGGAGUGGAGGAAUGUUUCGUAAACGAGAAACGGAUUGAGGCGGAGAUAAGAACUCUGGCGGUCACGGUGGCGCGAUUCGGCAAACAGACGGAUCAGUGGCUUGCCGCAACUCACGCCGUUAAUAGCGCCGUUAAGGAAAUAGGAGAUUUUGAGAAUUGGAUGAAGACGAUGGAGUUUGAUUGCAAGGAAAUCACUGCUGCAAUUCGCAAUAUUCACCAAGAUCACUAA